AUGAAUCGAAAUAGUUUUGUCCAAUGGUUUUUCGGAAGAGAAUUGAUGAAUACACAAGAAAGUAUCAAAAUGAGAUUGAAGAAAUAUGACAAGUUAUCGGAGUUGAAAAAGAAAUUCGCCAAUGGAUUCGUGCAAUUUCAACAGAAACUUCUGAAAACCGAUGAGCCAAAGCACAACAAGACAUCUCUCGUUGAGCAAGAGUCAAUUGAUAGCUCGAAACUAUUGGAUCCAGCAAUGUAUAAUGUGGUUGUAGAUGUGUUGAGUUCAGUUCAGUCAAUCCGACAAGAUUUGACUUCUCAAGAGCAUUUGAAGAGAAUACGAAAGGAAUGGCAAAUGUUGGCAAGAAUGCUGGAAAAAAUUAUAAUGUGGAUCUUCAUAAUUUCAACCGUCUUGUUCGCCUCCUUCAUGCUCUAUGACACUCAAGAACCCCCGUUUAUUACGAAUGAAGUUAUGCGCUCAAAAUCCACGUGA